CAUACCUCCACCUCCUCCACUGCCUGGUCUGGGGAACAUACCUCCACCUCCUCCACUGCCUGGUCUGGGGAACAUACCUCCACCUCCUCCACUGCCUGGCCUGGGGGGCAUGCCUCCACCUCCUCCCCCACUGCCUGGCCUGGGGGGCGUCCCUCCGCCUCCUCCCCCACCAGGGGGCAACGUGGAGGAAAUAGUGGUUGCCCACGUUGACUAUGCUUUGGGCUAUGCCAGGCCUUUCCAAAAGAAGGUGAAGACUCCGACCCUGAGAAUGAAGAAACUCAACUGGCAGAAGCUGCCUUCCAAUGUGGUGCGAGAAAGUCGCUCCAUGUGGGCAUCAGUGAGCAGCAGCAGCGAUGAAACUAUAGAGCCUGAUUACAUGAGCAUCGAGCAGCUUUUUUGUUUUCCUCAAGCCAAGCCCAAGGAGAAAGCAGCUGCCCCUGUGAAGGUGGAACCAAAGGAGAUCACAUUCUUAGACUCCAAGAAGAGUCUCAAUUUGAACAUAUUUUUGAAGCAAUUUAAAUGCUCAAAUGAAGAGGUAGCUGACAUGAUUGAAAAAGGGGACAGAACUAAGUUUGAUGUGGAGGUUCUGAAGCAGUUGCUGAAGCUGCUACCUGAAAGGCAUGAGAUAGAAAACCUGAAAACCUUCAAGGAAGAAAAAGCCAAGUUAGCAAGUGCAGAUCAAUUUUAUCUUUUCCUCCUCAAGAUUCCCAGCUACCAGCUGCGGAUUGAGUGCAUGCUGUCCUGCGAGGAGACUACCGUCAUGCUAGACAUGCUACAGCCAAAAGCAGAAACAAUCAGGAGAGCCUGUGAAGAUCUUCUAACCACACAUCGCCUGCCAGUUUUUUGUCAACUGAUUCUCAAAGUUGGAAACUUUCUCAACUACGGAAGUCACACUGGAGAUGCCGAUGGCUUUAAAAUUAGCACUUUACUCAAACUAACUGAAACCAAAGCAAACCAAACCCGUAUUACUUUGCUCCACCAUAUUCUGGAGGAAGUAGAAAAAAGUCACAGAGAUCUACUGGAGCUUCCCAAGGACCUUGAAUAUGUUUCAAAGGCAGCCGGAAUUAGCCUUGAAUCCAUACAUGCAGAAUCCAGUUCCAAUUUAAAGAAGCUGCUGGAACUUGAAGGAAAGGUUUUGUCAUCGAAAGACGACGUGAAAGCACAGUAUGAAACGCCCAUCCAGGACAGCAUAAAUGCAUUGAAGAAGCUGGAGGAAGAGUUUGAAACCAUUGAAAGAAAGAAGAUGGAACUGGCAAAUUAUCUCUGUGAAGAUGCAAACAAGUUGUCAUUAGAAGAUGUAUUUAGCACCAUGAAAACCUUCAGGGAUCUCUUCAUCAAAGCACUAAAGGUUUGCAUGUGUGAACAUUAUGCAGGAGGAUCCAGAUGCUGGAACAUAUGCAUCAGUGCAGAUAGCGUAUGGGGCCUGAUUUCCCCUUACAUCUGA